AGAUGAUGUAUUUCCCAAACUUCUGCAAGAUGCAACCAAAUUUUCGAGUUGAAAACAAAGAAUAACCGGCGCUGAGAGCGACCCACUGAUCGUAGAUGAUUAUCAUCCAAAAAGACCUCGAAGUGUAACGGUGCGUUCACCUUCCCGCAAUGCAUAUAUAAAGGCACGAUUCACUUUCACUCUUGUUUAGUCGGCUUCGAAUGUUAUGGGUGACUGUACGUCUUCCCUUUCUGGUAGCGUUAAUUGAAGCAACAUGUUAAGCUUUUCGAUCUCGACAUCUCGGAUAAGGAUGCGAGUACCCGUUUUGAUACUUUUCGCUGCGGUCACGGCGGUAACCGGCGAGAAUGAUGAAUCCUGGGCAUGGAACAAUGAUAAACAAAAGGAGAGCCGGUCCGCCGAUCCGAGAUAUCAGGUACAGGAGCCUCCAGAAUAUUUAGGCGGUUUCGGCAACAAUGGCAUUCAGUUAGGUUUCAGACCUCAAAAUCCAGGGCCCUUCGGUCCUAAUGGCAGGCCCAUUGUACCGCCGUAUCAAGGCAAUAAUGGCGUUCUCGUGGGCCCCGGAGGACCGACCGGUAUAAUCGGCAGACCGCCUCGUUACGAACCUGACGGACCUGAUGGCAUCCUAGGUUCAGUGCCGCCGUGGAUCAGGGAUGAUCCCCGUUAUGGUCGCGAGUUUGACACAUGCAAAUGCAGAUACAGCUUCAACUGUCCAUCGCCCGGUUUGAAAUUCGGCAGCUGCUCGAGAGACAAAAAGUACUGUUGCUUCAACAGCAAAAGAUUCCCAGGGUUGUUGGGCGGAAAUCGUUAUCCAUAUUAUCCGGGUGCACCGCAUAAGUUCGGGCCGAACGGUUUUGCGCCGAAUUAUUACGGCAAUCGACGACCGUACGGUAAUCCGUACGGUGGCCACCAACAUCCGUCUUUCGGAAACUAUCACCCGGGAUCCUACGGCGGCAGUUAUGGUCACCGUAAUGAGUUCGAACCGUUAGGGCCAUAUGGCUACGACGCGGAACUCGACGAUUAUGUGAUCUAUGGCAGAUCAUUGAGCAAGAAUCAAACGCAAGCGAUCGAAACGCCAAAGAUAGACGAAGACGCCAAAAAGCAAUGACUGUAAAGAAAUUCUCGUUGAUUGAAUCAUUCCUCAUCGAUAUUUCUUCACUCUCAAUGGAGAUACCAAAGAUGUGACAGAAAUAUAAACACAUAUAUAUUCUUUUUCUAACUCAACGAUCGUGUAACAUGAUUAGAUAAGAUUUAAAGUAAGAAUUAAAUAUGAAUUGUUCGCGAUAAUAAUUAAUUUAAUAAAAGACAUGUGUGAUUUAUCAUAAGUGCAAAUUUUUAUAACGCAUAUGUGAUUUCCGAAUUUGCAAAGUGUACACUUAGAGAGUUUUUAAGAUAAUUUAUAAUUAUAGAGACUCUCUUAAAUUGAAGAGGACAUGAGAGAUCAGAUAGAUCCUCUGUUUUAAUAAAUUACUUUGAAUUAUCAAACGUAGUUAGGUUUAUAUAGUGUUUGAAAAGAAUUAAGUUUUUAAUAGUAACUAACUUGAUAAAUAAAAUUUUCUUAAUC